CGUGUCAGGAAAAGUUUGGUGGCUAUUUAGUUUAGCUAAGCAGGCUUGUGGAAAACUUGAGCAGUGCUAGCAGGCAGCUGUUGAACUCAGGAAGUGAGGAAGCAGAAAUGGCAGCUGAAGUCAGCCUGAAAGAAUCAGAAGUCCUGACCGAUGAGGGCAGUAAAGAAGAUGCAGCAGGAAUUGAACAAUCAGCUCUUAUCGACGGGGAGGACUCCUCAGCUCAGGUUCCUUCUGUCAGCAAUGGAGAUGACAGUGAGGAAGGAAAGGAGAUGGUGGAACUGAAAAUCAUCUGGAACAAGAACAAAUACGAUCUUAAAAUCCCUUUAGAUGGAACCGGAGCCAAACUGAAAGAGAAAAUUCACACACUCACUGGUCUUCCACCCGCUAUGCAAAAGGUGAUGUACAAAGGACUUCUACCAGAGGACAAAACCCUGCGUGAAAUUAAAGUUACAAAUGGUGCAAAAAUAAUGGUGGUUGGAUCGACAAUAAAUGACGUAUUGGCUGUAAAUACACCGAAGGAAGUUAUUCAACAAGAAGUUAAAGCUGAAGAAAACAAAAAAGAGCCUUUGUGCAGGCAAAAGCAACACAGAAAAGUGCUGGACAAAGGAAAACCUGAGGACAUAAUGCCAUCAAUAAAAGGAACUAAGGAGCGUUUACCAACAGUGCCUUUAUCUGGAAUGUACAACAAAUCCGGUGGAAAAGUGCGGCUCACCUUUAAACUGGAACAGGAUCAGCUGUGGAUUGGAACAAAGGAAAGAACAGAAAAAAUCCCUAUGGGUUCUAUCAAAAACGUUGUGGCGGAGCCAAUAGAGGGGCAUGAAGACUACCACAUGAUGGCGUUUCAGCUGGGUCCGACAGAAGCCUCUCAAUACUGGGUUUAUUGGGUACCUGCACAGUAUGUUGAUGCAAUCAAAGACACAGUCCUCGGAAAGUGGCAGUAUUUUUAACGUGCCUCCACUAUUGACGCUAAAGAAUUGGGAUCUGGAGCAAAAACAUUAACUGGACCCUGAAUAAUCUGAGGAACUUUGAUAUUUGUUUUUUCAAGCGUAUAAAAAAAAAACUGAAGGAAUUUUGGUGGACAUUUUUUGGGGUUUUAAGUGCACUAAAGCAGAAUCCCAUUUUUCAAGCUGUUUCACCUCUCAUUUUUUAAGCAACCCCAAGGGUAAACAAAGAAUUGUACAGAACUUACAAAUGCAUUUCUCCUAGUUAUUCUAAAAUAAAUAAAAUAUUAUUUAAGGAAAACAA